AUGCCUGAUGAAACAAGUACAGAUGGCAGGGUCAGAAUAAUCACAAUCAGGUCAUCCAAGCCAGCUACACCUACGAGUCCUUUAAAUGUGACUGAUUGUAGUGAUCGAACUCCAAGUCGUGGUCCUGAUCCAGAACUCCCUCAAGAUAACGACUCAUGCAUUAAUGCAAAAAUUGAAAAGUUUCUUAAUUCUUCUGAUCCAGUCAUUGAAUUAAUCGAUCAGACAAGUUAUCUACAACAAUAUCCAAGCUGGCUUGGAUUUUGUGGCCCUGAGAAUAAAAAGAAAUUCUCUCCUACCUAUAUUAAUCGAAAUGAUAAUAUAUGGGAAUUAGUAUUUUCAGAACGUGGUUAUGUAGAUAUGCUGUUAAUUGUCAGAGAUUUGUAUAUGAUACCAUUCCCAAAAAUUGAUCCUAGUUCAAUUAAUGGUUUAUCCAGAGAUCAUUCACUCAACAGUACAGAUUUAUGUACAGCAUUGUUCCCAUGCAUCAAUGAAUUAAUCAAAUCGCAUGAGAAAAUAUUUCGUGUUCUAGCUGGGUUACAUACAGAACGUGAGGAUCAUGUUGUAUCAUCGUUAGGACCCUACCUGGUGAAGUUAUUCGAUGCAGAUUGUCUUUCAUCAUUAUCCAAAUUGUAUGGUCACUUUUUAUUUGCUCAGAAACGUAUUCGUCAACGUCUACAACUAUUUAAAAGUCAUCCACAGAUUGCAUCAUUCUUUCAACAAGUGAAACAAAAUCCUCGAAGUUCACGUAAAUCUCUUGAAGACUGUUAUAUGGUUAUUGUUCAACGUUGGACGAAAGUGGAAACACUGCUUGAGUCAAUUAUGCGGAAUACACUUAAUGACGAUAAAGAAGUGGCUAGUUUAGAAAUUUCUCGUAAUGCAGUCAAAUCAUUGAUAAAGUCAGCUGAGUCUCUAUUAACAGAAUUUGAACACGCUGAGAAGUUAAGUGAAUUCGCUAAUCGCUUAGAAGUGCCAACCACCAUGACAACAAUGAUGGGAAUUAUUUCUCCAACAUUUAAUAGUCAAAACUCCUCGUCAGAUGAAGUUCAACUAUUAAAUGAAUUGAGAUCAUCUAACACAAAAUUAAUCAAUCAUGGACCAUUAUUUGCUAAUCCAAUGGUGGCUUCCGGUGGACAACAAUCAACCACGUCCUACGAGGUUGAAGGUGUAGCUUUGAAAAGUUGCUUUUUUAUGCUUCAAAAAAUACCAGACUCAAAUCGAUACCAGUUAUUUCGUGGUACGGAAAUGCCUCCUAUUCUGUGGUGGGGUAAAGUUUAUGGAUAUUUUAGAAAAUCAAUGGAGAAAGGUAGCUUUGGUUUCUACAUUCUUUUACACUCGGCUACUGCGUUAACACUAUUCCGUUGUGCAACAGUGGAUGAAUUAUCAAGAUGGGAGACAGUUUUCAAUGAUGGUUUCGCUCAAUGGCGUGAACAGACAGAUACAUUUGAAAGUUUAUCUGAAGAGUUCUCUAAAGCUCGUGAUGAAAUUACUGAGAAACAGAAGCGUACUGAAAGUAUUCUUGAACUAUUGUACCAAUUGAAUGAGAAUCGUUUACAAUUCUGGAACAUUUGGGAAUUUCUUUCAUCCGUAUUAAUUAAUGAACGUCUAACUCAAAUGAAUGUGUUAACACCUAAUACUAUAGUGUCACAGCCACAACCACUUCCAUCAUCAGUGCUUCAAAAUACCGUUCGUCGAAGUACAAAAAUAGACAACACUUCAUCUACUCCUACUGUUAAUCCUACAGUAUUGAAUAAUAAUAGCACACAGUAUGUAGCUACUAUGGAUACACUCAGACUUCAUACUUUCAUUUCAAAUCUUGAUGCUCAUAGUGAUCUAGAUCAAAUGUUUCAUAUGCUUCAUGAAUACUUUCAUCGUCUAUCUUUUGCCCUCCUCAGUAGUCCGUCUUCUAAUUUAUCCCGAAGUGCCUCCGAUGUAGAUGGAAGUAAACGUCCUCAGGCAAAUAUUGUUAAAAAACAUGAAACAUUUAGUGCACGUGAUAAUUUACCUAAUAUGUCUACUGAACUGAGAUCUUCAAUUGAUGUUGGACAUCUAAAAUCGAAAAAGAGAGAUGUUCAUCGACUCAGUGCAACUAUGGCUAGCAUAUUUCGUACUCCUAGUCGAGAUAAGAAUUUUACUUCAACCAGCCAAUCAUCUGUUGACUGUACAACUAAUGGGAGUGGUACAACUGUUACAACAGCAGGGUAUAAACAUAUCAAACAACGUCAACCCUUAUCUUCUUUAUCGUCAACAACACCUGCACGUACACAACAACAGUCACAACCAAAUCCACCACUUCCUCCUCGUCCAUCAUUUGCAGUUUUAAACAAUUUACACUUAACUGGAGCCAGCGAACAACUUUCCCCAUCUAGUCAGUGUUCUUUCAAUGUAGACAGCUUAACAGAUGGAUCAAACUCAUGGAUAUUAAGUCUGCCGUGUGCUGAAGCUUUGGUUUUACUUGGUGAAUUAAAUCGAAUUAGUGAAGUAUUUUUUCCCCAGGUACAAGCGUUACGUACUGAAAACGUUGAACUGAGAGCCUCUGUUGCUAAACUCGAAGCAGAACGAUCUAAUUGGGAACAUUUUCGUAGUCGUGAUACUCAACUACUCAUGCGUACUUCAUCUGGUGCUGGUGGUGCAUCACAUGGAAGUGGAACUCACACAGAUGGUAAUACUUCAGGUGGAAGUAGCAACACUUACGUAAUAGAUAACAGUACAGUUAAACAAGAAACAGAGAAAUUACGUCAGGAUUAUGAAAAUUUCACAAGAAAAUGUCAUGACUGGGAGAAAGAAUAUCAAAAACAACGAUCGACUAUUGAAAGAGAACAUAAUAAAAUAGCUAAAGAGCGUCAAUUAUUGGAAAAUGAACGCGCUGAUCUAGAACGCCGUCAACGUCAAUAUGAAGAGUUGCGUAGUACACUGCAGACUCAAUUAAAUAUGUACAAAAAAUUGGGUUUUAAAUUGACACCUAUGAAUAAUCCAGAACUUGAGGCUUUGGUUAAUUUAGAUUCAGAUAAGACCAGUGGUAAUAUCAAUGGUUCUCAGUUGAAUCUAAGCAAUUCCUCUGUAGUAGCCAAUUCUUUUGAUGACUAUUUAAAUGAAUUAUCUGGUAAUAAUGCUUACAAUUCAAAUGAACAUGGAAUUGUAGUAGGUAAUGAUGUUGAAAAACCAAUGCACUUUUAUUCGAAUAGUGAUGAUAUAACAGUAUCUAGACGAGAUUCAACUAAUUUCUAUUAUACUAAUCAAAAACAAGACCAUUGUUCAUAUUCAUCGGAUGUUGAUAUUACACCAAAGUCAUCUCUUGUACCAUCUGUUUCAACACGAAGUGAUCAUGUACCUGAACAUCUACGUGGAAGUUUAGUAAAUCAGAGUAAUAUACGUGAACAGCCGAGUAAUUCACGUUCAUCAGAUUAUCAUCGUUCAGAGUACAAUCCAACCAAUUUAAAUGAUCGUAUUAUUAGCUCUGGUGCCAAUAGUAAUAAUUCAACUACUGAUGGCAAUAAUAGUAGUAGUAUAAAUAGUGGAAAAUCUUUUUCCGGUUCUUCAUUAUUCUCUGAAUCAAAUCCUCUUAUGAAAUUAGUUGAUCAUACAAAAGUGAAAUCAUCUAAUUCUCUUAGUAAACCAAAAAAAUCAUAUCGUUCUAGAUCACGUCAAAAAGAUUCAUAA